UAUAACUUCGAGAUGGAAGACGUGGAGUCACGAUUUGCACAUAUUCUUCAGCCAAUCAGGGACCUGACCAAAAACUGGGAGGUUGAUGUUGCAGCCCAACUUGAAGAGUAUCUUGAAGAGUUGGAACAAAUAUGUAUUACUUUUGAUGAUGGGAAGACAACAAUGAACUUUGCUGAAGCAGCCUUGCUGAUUCAGGGAUCUGCAUGCAUAUAUAGCAAAAAGGUGGAGUACCUUUAUUCGCUGGUUUACCAGGCUCUGGAUUUAAUCUCGAACAAAAAGCGAAACCAGCAGCCAACAUCUAUAGAAGCAGAUGGUGCUGACAAAGAUGCACAUUUUCCAAGUGAUGGCAAACAGGAGGAGUUUUUAUCUCUGGAUGACAUUCACACUUCUGGCAAUGUGGACAUGAGAAAAGAGCAACCCAAUGUUGUGACUAUAAUUCCAUUAACACCAAUGGCUUUGGUUCCGCCUGAAGAAAUUGAGAAAAAGAACAACCCCUUAUGCAGUGCUAAAGGAGAAAUUUUGGGCAGCAGAAAAGAUUAUCGAAUGAACACUGGAACACCUCACUGUACCGGUGCUUUUGUAUUAGAGUUGUGUGGCUUCACUCCUGUGCUAAACAUGAACAACCGAAACCGAGAUAACAACCAGGAAAGUCAAGGUAGUGCUUUAUUUUUGAACCCUGUGACUAGGGAUGAGAAUGGCAUUCAGCAGAUGGAGACCAGUGUUUGUGAAAUGCCAGCUGCCAGACUGGAUUUCUCUGAAGAUGGAGGAAUUGUAGAACAGAAUUGUGCUGUUGAAGAUGAUGAUGAUGGAGGAGGCGGCGGGUUCCUUCCACCUUUGGAGGAUGGUGUAGCAGAUAUGACUCCUGCAGAACACGUUCAGAGAUGGGCAGCAGUACCAGAAGCAAGAGAGUUUGUACUAAGGGAAAGAAGGCCUUGCCCUGUGGAAACUGAUGCAGUAAAGGAAAUUCUGGAUCCUUGGCGAAGUCUUGAUCCAUUUCAGGCAUCUGAAGACAAACCAUUCAGGAAAGGUAGGCCAUUUUCAGUUCCCCGCAAUGUUGAUGACAUGCCUGGAAAGAAGAGGAAAAGAAAAGGCUCCUUAAAACUGCUGGAUUUUAUGAAGUGGUUCUCUGGGACCUAUUACCAUGGAGAUGACACUGCAAAAAGUAAAAAAACAGGUCCCACAUUUGCAGAUAUGGAGGUCCUUUAUUGGAAGCAUGUAAAAGAGCGACUAGCUGCCCAGAGAAGGCUUCACAGAAGAACAGGUAUAUUAUUUUCCAAGGUGCUGGAGGAGAAUACACAGAACAAGCACAGUGGGGAGGAAGAGCACAAUCAUAUAGAAGAUGGUCGUAAUUACCUUGAUCAUGAUGGCCCUGGAGAUGGGUACUCCGAUCACGAAGAUCUUGCAUCAGAUGCACCGCCAGUCUUGCUGGAAGGAAUAGUUUCUGACCCCAUAGGGUUGCAAGAAAUAAAUGAAACACUGAGCUAUGAAGAACUUGUGAGGAGAAAUGUGGAGUUGUUCAUUGCCCAUUCUCAGAAGUAUGCUCAAGAAACGGUGUUAUCUAGAAGGGUACGUGACUGGGAAGAAACGAUAGGACCUCAGCUACAAGAACAGGAAGAUCGAGGAGCUUUUGAUAUCCAUGAUUAUGGGGACAGAAUAGUUGCAGCAUUCGGUUAUGUUGGAGAAAAACGAUCUUUUGCCAGUUUAAUGAAGGGGAAGGAGGCGUAUGAGGUGUGUCGUUACAAGUUAGCAACCCUUCAGUUGGCAAAUGACUACACAGUGGAAGUCUCGAGAGACCCAGACCUACAGAAGGGAAUAGACAGCAUGGAACUCACACUGCUGAGCAAGCAAAGAGCCCAUGAGCGUUUCCGCACAUACACAGCCCCCUCUUUGACAGAGAACUGAUAGCCCACUGGACACAGUACUUUUCUGGACUGUAGCAGCAAGCUGGAACUAAAGACUUUUACAGUGUACAGAUUUGUUUUGUAUAUCAAAACAUUCAGUGUUUUAGUGAAAAUAUUUUGAUACGUGUACAUAUUUCAUAUUAUGUCUAAUUUGCACAUAAAUUGUAAAAGAAAUAAUGUAUUUUUUAUCUUAAA